AUGUCAGGAUUAAAAGAUAUUGUCAUGGAAAGAAUUAAACAGCAUCAUAAAAUAGAAAAUCUGCAGAAUGUCAGCAAAGCGAUUGAAUGGAUGAUUACAAUUCCCGCGAUAUGGAGUGACUCCGCACGUCAGUUCAUGCGAGAAGCCGCCGAAGGAGCCGGAAUACAACACGAUCGAUUAAGAUUGGUCCUAGAGCCAGAGGCUGCAUCUUUGUUUUGCCGUCAACAAAAUAUUAUCCUCACAGACUCCGGUACAAGACAACAAUUUGCAGAAGGACAGAAGUACGUCGUUGCAGACUUAGGCGGAGGAACGAUAGAUAUUUGCGUGCAUGAAAUUACUGAAAAUGGGAAUUUGAAAGAAUUAUAUAGAGCUACCGGUGAGGACGCGGGAGGAACAAAAGUCAAUGCGCAGUUCGAAUGUUUCUUGGCAUCCUUAUUCGGCAGAGAAGUUGUUGAUGAUUUACAGAAGACGUGUUACGAACGAUUCAUCACACAGAUGAUGGAUUUUGAAGAAAGAAAGAAAACGUUUAAAGGCACCGAGAGAAACGUCAAAAUUAGGCUUGAUCCUAUUUUGAUGAAACGUUUCGAGACAAAAUCUGGGAAAAAAAUACAAAAUGCAAUCCAGGAGUCAGAUUUCAGUACAAAAGUGAAGUAUGAUGAUGAUAGCGGUCGUAUGACAUUCGAAACAUCCGUGAUAGAAGCAUUUUACAAUGGUUCUGUACACAGUAUUAUAACAAAGGUACAGACGAUCAUCGAGGAAUGUGCAGAUGAUGAAUUGAAAACAAUUCUUUUGGUUGGCGGAUAUGCGGAGUCUCAAUAUUUGAGAAACAAAGUCAGAGAAGCAUUUCCGACCCUCGACCUUGUGUUAGUAGAAGAUGCAAAGUUGGCUGUGAUCAAGGGCAGCGUUAUGAUGGGACUGGAAGAGAAAAGCAUUGUACAGAGAAGGUCUAGGUUUACCUAUGGAUUUAGUGUAACAAUACCAUUCAUUGAAGGUGUUCAUCCUGAACCUACAACCAAAUUUUCAAAUGCUCUUCGUCAAACAAACUGGAACAAGCUGAAUCAAAGAAAAUAA